AUGUCAUUUACAGGGAAACUGGAUGAAGACUUAGACUCGGCGCGAAAUCAACUGAUCCAAGACUGGGCAUCGCUAUCAUCACUACUCAAGAGUCAACCACUGGAAAGGAUAGCCGAUUACUUCGGUGUGAAAGUAGCCAUGUAUUUCGCAUGGGUUGGCUUCUACACCAAGAUGUUGGUGCCCGCCUCAGUCAUUGGUCUCAUAUGCUUCAUAUACGGCGUGUCGACCCUCAGCGCCGACGUACCCACCCGUCAGUUAUGCGAAAACGACGACACGUAUAUGUGCCCCAUAUGUAGCCAUAACUGCAACUACACGCUACUGUCCCAGUCGUGCUCCUACAUGAAGGGCUCUUACCUGUUGGACAAUUACGGAACUGUAGUGUUCGCCGUGUUUAUGAGCCUUUGGGCCACAUUUUACUUGGAAAUGUGGAAACGAUAUUCCGCUAAAAUCACGUACAAAUGGGAUUUGUCUGACUUUGAUGCUCAUGAAGAGUACCCCAGACCUGAAUAUCUAGCCCGUUUGGCGGCGAACCAGAAGUCUAAGCGCAAACUGAAUGUCGUGACCCGC